AUGACCAACCACGAUGAAGAGAACACCCGACCGGACGAGCAGCCCGACAUUCUGAGGCGCCCAUCCUUGCUCUCGUCGCGUACCAUGUCCGACUCGGGUCGCCGCGCCUCUCACCAACACGUGCGCUUUUCCACCGAUCUCGAGAGGCCGAGCGAUGACCGCGCCAGCAAUGUCAAUCCCAAUCCCACUGCCAGUGCAACCGCCACUGGCAAUACCAAUAACAAUGACAAUGACAAUGACAACGCCGACACCGACCGUCGUCCUGGCUCACGAGGCCUCACUAUCGACACCAGACUUGCGCCGCCUACCGUCCGGUCUCCCGCUCGCUCGCCGACAUCCCCCCUUUCCCCGAGUGCCAUCUCCCCCAAUGCCAACCCUCUCGCCGCUGCGACCCUCUCCCCAACUUCGCCGCAGAGUCCAGAGUCCUCCAACAAUCGCUCCCGAUCGCGUAAUCGUGGCUACUCGCUCCGUCGGUCCAUUUUCAAUAAAACCAUCCAGAGCCCCGAUCAAGAUGCCUCCCCCGGCAUCAGCCCCCGGGCAUCGGUUGAAAUAACGGAAGCUCCUGCAUCCGGCGCACCUAGCCCGAUCGACGAGAAGCAUGAGUUACAGGUGCUCCCUACAGCCACGAUUGAAGUUCCCACCAAGGAAGAAGUCGCCACCUCUGUAUGGUCUGAUCCCUCGGAAGGCCCGCUGAAGGAGUACAUGUCUGUGGCUCAAGGCGAGUGGAAGAAGAAGAAGGCCGCUGGAGCGGUUAUCAUGACUCGCGUCGAGGCAUUCAUGACCACUUUGCAAAAGUUCAUCUUGCGCAUUAAGGAUAUUCCCCCAACAAAGGACGGCCGCCACAUCGAUCUCAACCCGUCAUUAGUUGAUACCUUGGUCGACGAGCGCACCGGAAAACCGUACAUCUCCAAUUGGAUUCGCUCGAGCCGCUACAGUUUCUGGAGUUUCUUCCCUCGACAGUUCUUUGCGCAGUUCACAAAGUUGGCCAAUUUCUAUUUUUUGGUUGUCGCCAUUUUGCAAAUGAUUCCGGGACUGAGCACGACCGGAACUUACACUACCAUCGUUCCACUUUUGAUCUUUGUUGGUAUCUCAAUGGGAAAAGAAGGAUUUGAUGACUGGCGCCGGUAUCGUCUCGACAAGGAGGAGAAUAAUCGAUACGCUUGGGUUCUUCGACCUGGUCAGUUGCCCGUCACGGACGGUGCGUCCAUGGCCAGUGGUGCUCACGACUGGGUCGAGAUCAAAUGGAAGGAGAUCCGUGUUGGUGAUGUGAUCAAACUCCAUCGUGACCAGCCCGUUCCUGCGGAUUUUGCCCUGCUGCAUGCUAAUGGUCCUAACGGGGUCGCUUACAUCGAGACCAUGGCCUUGGACGGCGAGACAAAUCUCAAGAAUAAACAACCAUGCCAGCCUGUCGCCAAAGGCUGCGCCACCGUUGACGAUAUAGUCAGCAAUGCGUUGCAUUUUGUCGUCGAGGACCCGAAUAUCGACCUGUACAAAUUCGACGGCCAUGUCACGGUCAAUGCCCAGCAGAAGCUGCCUCUUACCAACAAUGAAAUCGUCUACCGUGGUAGCAUUAUGCGGAAUACUGAUUGCGCAUACGGUAUGGUUAUCUAUACCGGCGAGGAGUGCAAGAUUCGCAUGAAUGCGAACAAGAACCCGCGCAUUAAGAAGCCUGCUCUGCAAGGCAAGGUCAACCGCGUGGUCGUGCUCAUUGUGCUGUUGGUUCUGAUUUUGGCUGCUGCAUGCACUAUUGCCUACACCUAUUGGUCUGAUGAUGUGGAGAAGCAUUCCUGGUACCUCAGCGAUGCUAGUGUGGAAAUUGGUCCAAUCUUCACCUCAUUCCUGAUCAUGUUCAAUACCAUGAUCCCCAUCUCGCUCUACGUCAGUAUGGAGAUCGUGAAGGUCGUCCAGAUGUUUCUUCUAAACGACAUUGACAUGUACGACCCGGAAACCAAUACGCCCCUCGAAGCACGCACUUCGACUAUCAACGAGGAGCUCGGCCAAGUGAGCUACAUUUUCUCUGACAAGACUGGUACUCUGACAAACAACUCCAUGCGCUUUCGCAAGAUGAGCGUUGCGGGUACCGCCUGGUUGCACGACCUUGACCUGCAAGAGGAGGCUGCUCGCGAAGGCGACCAGCACAAGCUCAUUCAUAAGAAGCGGAAUCUGAAAGGCAAGAAGACUGCAAACCGCAAGUCCAACGUUUCAGAUGCUCGCAUGGCUCCUCGUCCUUCUAAUAUCUCCGCCGGCCUGGAUGCCCUGCGGCCCCAUGGCCGUGCUGCCAAUUAUCGCACAGCUGAAAUGCUCGAGUACAUCCAGCGCAAGCCGUACACCGUUUUUGCUCGCAAGGCCAAGCUCUUCCUCCUGUCUAUCGCCCUCUGCCACACUUGUAUUCCCGAAAGAGGAUGA